UAAGAAUGAGUGAGAAAGUAGAAAAUGAGAUAGAAGAGAAGGAGGAGAGAGAGAUGGUUGAUCAUUGGAACCACGAGCAUCCACUUACUUUGGUGGAAGCUCGUGGAGAAGACGACUGUUCUGGUUGUCAAACGCCUUUUAGAAGAGGAGAGAAAUGUUAUGAAUGUAGCCAGGCAUGUGGGUAUGAUGUCCAACUAAAUGAAGACUGUGCAGAGGCGCCGAGGAAGAUCAGACAUGCAAUGCAACCUCAACACACACUGGCUCAACAAUAUACCCCUGAGAGAUGGCAAGGCCGUUGUUGUAUCUGCCAAGGCUAUUUAGAACGCAUCUCCUACAGAUGUACGAGCGCAGAAUGCACGUUUAAGGCGCAUGUCAGGUGCGCGCAGGGAAGCGACAUGAUGUAUGGAGCUGAAGAUGGCGAGCGCAGCAUCAUACAUCAUCCGAGUCACCCCAACCAUGAAUUGAAGCUGUUCAGGAGAAGUUGUGCAUUCAAGUGCGAUGCUUGUGGCACAACACAUGCCAAAGGGAGUUCCUACACAUGCACUGCACCGGCGUGUCAGUAUUGGAUCCAUGAGAAAUGUGCUUCCUUGCCUCAGAAUAUCCAAAGGGAAGAACACAAUCAUUCCCUCUCUCUCUCUUUCCAUGUGCCGCUUCAAUAUCUCAAAUACAACUACCGUUGUGAAGUGUGCAGUAAAAGAUUAAUAUCCAAAUAUUGGAUAUAUCAUUGUGAGCUUUGCAGCUAUGCUGUCCAUCUCACCUGCGCCUUCACCAAAUCACCACACACCACUAGAGAGAAAGAAAUUAUGGUGUUUCCAAUAAAUGAUGUGGCUGUUGGAGAGGACCUAAUUGGAGCUUUUCUAAGGAGACAAGGAGUUGAUACACAUGCAGUCAUCCCUCAUCAAGAUGAUGUUGAUUAUGAGUUCCACCAUCACAAACUCAGAUUAGUCUCCUCAUCAUCAUCAUCAUUUCAAGAAGAAGUUUUGGAAGAAGAAAAUAGUGAUGAUGAUGAUGAGGAGGAAGACUACUCUUGUAGAAAAUCAGAGUUAAUAUGUGAUGGGUGCAUUACUCCGAUACAAGCACCAUCAUCUUCUUCGUCUUCUUCUUCAGGUAGUAAAGAUUGCUACUACAUGAGAUGUAGCAUCAGCUCAUGCAAAUACUAUCUUCACUUGGCGUGCUUCCAAUUGCCAACUCAGAUCUCCUCUCUUCCUCUCCUCCACAAACAUGAGAAUGGUCACAGCAGCCUUGUCCUUCGAUCCGGUGACAAUAAACCAUGGGAGUGGAAAUGUUGCAGAGUCUGCUAUAAAUAUAUGAAUGGUCUGUUUUAUGGUUGUACAAAAUGUGAUUACUUCAAAGUAGAUAUAAAGUGCGCUUCAAUGCCGGACACCAUAUAUCACGCAGCUCACCCGAAUCAUCUCCUCGGCCUUCGUUCUGCACAAGAUACGAGUAGGAGACAUGGUUUCAUCAAUUGUGAUGCCUGUGGAGGCUUAAUAAAAUUUGGUAACAGCUACGAAUGCAACAGCUGUGAUUUCAGCGUGCACUUUGGAUGUGCGGUGCUUCCGGCAUCAACCACCAGCCGUAGAUGGGACAAGCACCACCCACUGCUUCUGACGCACGACGCCACUCUAAACCAUCCCGGUGAAUUCUACUGCAAUCAAUGUGAAGAUUCAAUGAAUCCAAAGAGUUGGAUGUAUCACUGCCGCGACUGCGAUCUAUCCUUCCAUCCAGAUUGCUUUGUAACUACAUCCGGAUGGCUUAGAAACAUGAAGUUGGGGAAGGAAUAUGAUGUGAAUGCAGAAAUCCAUCCACACCGUCUCACCUAUCAACUUCUCACCACAAAAUACAGCUGCGACAUUUGCCGUUACGAUAUGCAUGGAAGCCAAGGAUUUUACUGUGCAUUAUGCAACUUCUUCAUUUGUUUCGAGCCCUGCGGUAGAAAAAUGAUCAAAGAUGGCAACAUUGAGGCCGUGGAUUGAAAAAAACAGUUCAAUGUACGUUUACCUUUUUUUAGUCUUGUGGACUUAUGUUUUUGUGUUACCUUAUUUGUUUGUGUGUGUUUUAAAUUUAGUGAAGGUUGUAGCUUGCUUCUUUUUUAAAUUACAAUUGCUCAAAUUUUUACUUCUC